AUGCUGCGGCUGCUAAGUUUCCUUCUGUUUGUGGCCCUUGCCUCGGGCUGUGGCAGACCAAUCUACAACCCUUUCGUUCGCGUGGUCAAUGGCGAGGACGCGGUGCCCUACAGCUGGCCCUGGCAGGUCUCCCUGCAGUAUGAGAAGAAUGGGGCCUUCCAUCACACCUGCGGAGGCAGCCUUAUUGACCCGGACUGGGUCAUCACUGCAGGCCACUGCAUCUCGAGAUCCCUGACCUACCGGGUGGUGUUGGGUGAGUAUGACCGAGCUGAGGAGGAAGGCCCCGAGCAGGUGAUCCCCAUCAUCCCAGAAGACAUCUUUGUGCACCCACUCUGGAACUCCAGCUGUGUGGCCUGUGGCAAUGACAUUGCCCUCAUCAAGCUGUCACGCAGCGCCCAGCUAGGAGACACAGUCCAGCCUGCCUGCCUGCCUCCUGCUGGCUACAUCCUGCCCAACGAAGCGCCAUGCUACAUCAGCGGCUGGGGCCGCCUCUAUACUGGUGGACCACUCCCAGACAUGCUGCAGCAGGCCCUGCUGCCUGUGGUGGACUAUGAGCACUGCUCCAGGAGGGACUGGUGGGGCUCGGUCGUGAAGAAGACCAUGGUGUGUGCUGGCGGGGACAUCCUCUCUGGCUGCAAUGGUGACUCCGGAGGGCCCCUCAGCUGCCCUGCCGCAGAUGGCAGCUGGCAGGUCCAUGGUGUGACCAGCUUCGUUUCUUCUUUGGGCUGCAACACCGUCAAGAAGCCCACGGUGUUCACCCGAGUGUCAGCCUUCGAGGACUGGAUCAAGGAGACCAUAGCAAGCCACUAG